ACUAUGCGAUAUACACUUCGUCAUCGGCCUAUUGCAGUCAGCAUCGAAACCAAGACAAUCAGCCGACCAGAGGAAGAAGCAAGAGUACAGCUAGCGAUUUGGGUCGCUGCGCAACUCGAACGCAUAACUACAGAGACUCUAGACCGUAACGCCGUGCUGCGUAGAAUGGUGUUCCCACUCCUCUAUGUCCAGUCGGCGCAGUGGACCGUUCUCUUCGCGCGCCCCUCAUCGUCACCGCUUGCCGACAGAAGCGUUACCAUAUUUCCUUCCAUCAUUCUUGGCGAGACAUCGUCCGUCUUAGGAACGUAUAGAGUGCUAUGGGGACUGCGUGUGUUGGAGCAGUGGAUUGAUACAACGUAUCGUAACUGGUGGGAGGAGUUACUCGAU